AUGACUGUAGCCAAUGGGAGACAAAUUUCCAGCAAGACCAGAGGACAAUAUGUUGUUUAUGAGGAGGAAGGGGUCAAGUAUGCCAAGGUCCUCAAGAACGACUAUGAUAUGCCAGUGAAGGUCACUAAGGAAGACCUCACCGUCAGCGAACCCGCCACUGCCGAGAAAAUCAUCGAGAAGAUCGAAAUCUAUGGUGGGUGCAUCGUCAAGAAUUACCUUCCAGAAGAAGUGGUUGAUGCUAUUUAUGCUGACGCUAAACCAUAUUUGGACCAGGACUUCUCCUGGGAUGGAUCGUUCUUUCCAGCAGAAACCAGAAGAGUUUCAGGCAUGUGUGUCAAAUCAAAGACAUGCGCCGAAAAGUUCUUGUCUCACGAGCUGAACAUUGCUGUUUCCGAGGCGUUUUUGGGUAGGGAGAACGCAUCUUGGGUUGGUGACCAGAUCGUUGAAGGCUACUCUCCUCCGCAACACAACUCCACCAUUACUUUCAGAAUUGGACCGGGUGCAAAAGACCAGGUGUUGCAUCGUGAUGACAUCAUCCACCAUAAUAUCCACAGACACAAUGACACCUACCGGUAUGGUGAUGACUCUGCCCUGGGUACGGCGUUGGGGUUGACCAGGACCACCAAGGCAAAUGGAGCCACCAGAUUCAUACCAGGCUCCCACCUUUGGGAUCACUGGAGACAGCCCAAAGACGAGGAGGUUGUCUAUGCAGAAUUAGAGAAAGGAGACUGUUUUUUCAUGCUUGCGUCGUGUUACCAUGGUGGGUCUGCCAACACCACUGAGGACGAGUUCAGAGCAGUUACCAUAUUGUUCAUGACCCUUGGGACUUUGAGACAGGAGGAAAACAUCAUGCUUGGAACUCCGGUGGAGUACUUCAAGGCUUUGCCAGUUAAAACUCUCAAGCUGUUGGGUCUCACCACCUCAGAUCCAUUCCUUGGAUACAUCGACUUCAAGGAUCCAUUGGCUCUGCUCAAGCCAGAAGAACAUGCAAAGGAAAACAAGGACUUCUAUACUGGUACCUAUAAGGGGGUUACUGCUGAAAGUUUGGCCGCUUAA